AAAUAUGUUGUGCAGCUAAGCUAGCUAAUGGCAGCCAGAGUCAGAAGCAGAAGCAGACAACCAGAGCAGUCAUUAGACUGGACUGGACUGGAGUGAGUCAUCUUUAUGUAACUCACCGCAAAGCAUUUCAGAAGGCGCGUUAUCGUCAUCCCCCCAGGACCCCCACCGAUCAGUGCGUGUUACACGCGCUUUAAAUAAUAGAAAAAGAACGCUGUGGCCGUGACCGUAAUGAGGCUGAAAAAAGGUGGUAAAAUAUUUGUCAGAAACACUGACACUCCGCUUUAAUCCUCUGUCCCCGUUUCCAACCUAAGCAAAUGAAUAUGGAGUUACAGAGAGAGAGAGGGAGUGUAUACAUAUAUCUGUAUCUGUAUUUGUGUACUGGGCGGUUUGUUGGAGUAAUGCUUUUGGAACGGGUCUCUUUUUUCUUCCUAAGAGGCCUCUGUCUUGAGUCCAUUAUAAUCACUCACUCUCUUUCUCUCUCUCUCUCUGAGUUUUCAGAUCUGUUUGCGUAGUCUUUUCUUCAGCUUUUUUUUUUUCACUGCCUCUGUCUCACGCAUAAACACAAAAUCUGUAAUUAUCUUUGGACCGGUUCAUCAUUCUCUCUCUUCUUUCCUCCACUUUCAUCAUGGACUUUCAAACCAACCCUUCUCCACACUCUGGUGUAUUGCGGGUGCGGAAGAGGAGUGAGAAAGAAUGGACGGUGGUGAUGCAUGGAGAUGGAGGGAAGCCGUGGAUCAAGCGUGAGUCAAAUUGUGGCUUCUCGUGGGAUCAAUUGCUGCAGCUAAAACACCAAACUCUCAUUUACAGCCAUUUAGUAAGCGGCCUCCCGAUUCCUUUACGCCUUCUUGCUCCCAUUUCCAAGACCCUGCUUCCUCCACUUUCUACUUCUAUAUUUAACCCAUAUCCAUUUACAGGAUUCAGUCCACAAGGGUUUCACUGCAAAAACAUGGUGGAUCCUGAACCAGGGAGGUGCAGAAGAACUGAUGGGAAGAAAUGGAGAUGCAGUAAGAAUGUAGUUCAUGAUCAGAAAUACUGUGAGCAGCACAUGCACAGAGGCCGUCAACGUUCAAGAAAGCUUGUGGAAGUUGCUGAAAUUGGUACUUCUCUUUCAAAUACCAAAAUGCCUGACAAAUCAAUUAGCCAAUCGCUACAGAAUUCAAAUUCAAACAUUCCAGUUUCUGUUGGUCUUCAACUUAUGACUACCUUGUCCUCAAAUAUCACUAGUGUUAGCCAUGCUAAUACUACUCCCUCUAGUAGCUUUAGUACGAAACGGGUUACUAAUGUCAUUGCUCCAUGUAUCGCUACCACUAACACCGCUGCAAUCACUAAAAGUAACAAGAAUGUUGGGAAUGCUGGGAAUGAUGUUGGUGACAAGUAUUUUGGCACAAUCGGAAGAAGCAACAAUAACAACAUACAUGUUGGCCGGCAUAUAUCACAGGGAUUGGGUUUCUCUCCUAAAAGUGUUCUUCAUCUUCAAGUCAUAAGACGCAAUGGCUUAUACACUGACUAUAGAAAUGGCAUAGAACUUGAACCAGGGAGGUGUAGGAGAACAGAUGGGAAGAAGUGGAGAUGCAGAAGGGAUGUUAUACCCGAUCAGAAAUAUUGUGCUCGCCAUAUGCAUAGAGGUGCCAAGAAGCUUGUGAAGGUUUUCCCACCUCUCCCCUGCACGGCUUCAUCUGCUGCUACAGAUUCUGCUCCAUGUCUGCCAGCAACGGCCAUAUCCUGCCGGGUCGAUCCUGUGAGCCCAGAUACGAAGCUCUCUAUAUCCAUUCAAGCAAGCCCUCAACUGACCAACAUUGGGGAGAAAAGCGAUUCCAGCACCAGCAGCGAUACAACUAUUUCCGAUACUAGCAUUGCUGCUUACACAAUUACUAAGCUUCCUGCAUAAGAUGACACACCAAGACUUUGAAAGCUUAUCCAUCUAAACUUUGUUUUUGUACCACUCAUGCAGCCUACGAGUGUUCUAGUGGAAUUAUUAAAUGUAAAAAAAGGGUGCCUCUGAUUUUUCCUUGGUGGAAUUGGGGUUUUUGUAGUCAUUUUGAUACCAGCUUUUAUCAAAGCAGUGUGAGAAAAUACUGAAUUUCUUUUAGCAUAUCUAGAGGUCAUCUUGAUCUUGAUCUGGGAAAACUUUGUACACGUCUUUAAAAAGAUAUGUCAUACAAGUAACCAUCUAAUUCGUGGUCA